GCUUGUCGAAAAUUAUUGUGCUGAAUGAUAAUACAGAGAUCUUUGCAAGAACGCAGAAAGAAAGUUGGAAUAAAUAUUGUUAGAUGCCGAGUUUAGGUGCUGUAGUAAUCCCCAGACUCAUUCUCGAGGAUGGAGCAAUAUUACCCAGGAGACAUGGCGAGCAACCCUGAGGAUCACAUGACCAACUCUAUCAUUAUCAAGCUCUCGAUAAAAACUGGGGAUGAAUCUUUAGUUGAGGAACAAUUGGAGGGUCUUUUCAGAGAAAAUGGAUUGAAUGUAUUGAAAUCUCCAUCUCAAAACGAUCCAACUAUUCGAUUUUUACAAGUCUACUUAGAAAGGAAUCCUAUGGAAACGGAUCAAAGCUGUGUAGUGUCAAGUGGUAAAGAUAUCCGAGAUUUAUACGAGAUGAUAUUGGAGUUACAAGGUGAUUUUGAAGGAUAUAAAUCAGAUGUAAGUUUCGUUGCUCAACUGAGAAAAAAGAAAAUUGUCUCUGAAAUAUUUCCCUUGCACAAUAAAACAGACACGCAGGCUUUGAUGAAAUCUUGGGUCAGCAACUUCUGGGGGAAACAGCCGAUAUAUGCGGUUAACGAAUACUUUGGCACAGACAUAGCCACAUAUUUUAGCUGGAUGGGGUUUUACUCCACAUCCCUCAUCUUCCCCUGUCUAAUAGGACUAACUCAAAAAGCCCACCAAUACUAUAACCCAGAGGAACAAAUCUCAUGGGUAUCAGUUCUGGGCGUGGUCGUGAACUUCUUCUGGGCAGCCUUCUUUUUGUUGGGCUGGGGUUCCAUAAAUGAUAAUGUGCUUCCUUGGAGUCGAGAAAAGAAUUCAAAAUAUGUGAAACGAUCGGAUUUCGGCCCUCAUGGCUGGAUGCCUCAAAGAGGGAAACAAGUUGUUUCACUUCUCGUCACACUGACAAUGUUCAUAUUGUUGAUUUCAACAUCGUACAGCUUGCUAAAAUUGGAUUACGCUACAAAGGAAACCCUCAUAACGAACAAUGAGUACCCAAACAUUCCGGACUUCAUAACGAAAAUCUUGAUUUACAUUCCAGAAAUACUUCUCUCGGUCACCAUCAUAGCGUUCGACAUGGUUUACACGGGCAUCGCUGAGCGUCUCACAACAUGGGAGAACUACAAGUUUACUAACACUCACGGGAACGCUCUCAUGGCGAAACUGAUCAGUUUCCGGCUCUUUAACGCUUUUCACACCCUUCUGUACAUUGGUUUUGUGUUGAAAGAUUUGGAGCUACUAGAGAUUCGUCUGAUGAACCUGAUGGUUGUUCAACAGAUAAAAUCAAAUGUUGGAGAAGUUUUAGGUUCCGACAUGAGAGUGAGGCUACUUCAGGUUUUAGUGUCGUUAGUUCUUGUUUCAUUCCUUUCUGAAGGCUUUGUAGUUAGUGUUGAGAAAUUAUUGGCAGCUUGCGGUAUCGCCGUCAUACUAUUCAUCGUCAAGAAACUGUUUCUGGGCAAACUCAGAUUCCCCAAAUUCCUAAAGAUGUUUGUGUUUGUGAAGGAGCGAAGGAAGUAUGAGAGCCAUAUUGAGAAGGAGAGCCAGUCUAGAGAUUAUGACUCAACAUACUUGGACUACCUCGAGAUGCUAAUCCAAUAUGGCUACAUUCUACUUUUCUCACCAGUGUACCCAUUGGCAGCUACGUUUGCUCUCGCCAACAACUUAAUAGAAAUCCACACAGAUGCUUUCAGACUUGUGAAAAUGAGCAAGAGGCCUUUUCCCACUUACGCCGCACCCAGUAAAUUCUGGCAACAUGGUUUUACUCUAAUGACUAUUUGUGGUGUAGUCACAAACAGCCAGAUUAUCAGAAAUUCGAUGGUUUUGGGACAAAUGCCGUUCAAAAGGAGUAUUUUUGUCUUCUUUGUUAUCUUUUUAGUAGCAUAUAUUGGGGUAAGAAAGUUCUUUAAAGGAGUAGAAAGAAAUAUUGAACAUAGUUUCACGAGUAAUAAAAAGGAUUGACUAGAACCAGAUCUCAAAUUUAUUUGAGAAACCUGAGAAAUUUCUUUAAAAGCGCCACACAUUUACCAAUUACCAUAGUUAGAUUAUUUUUAUAUUUUGAAUGCGCAUAAUAUACUAUUACUGUACAAUUAUUGCAUGUAUUUUCAUAUAACAUUUACUGACCUUAAAGAAGAUCAUUAACAAGUCGUCAAGCGAACCGUGAAGAUCUCCUGAAACAUUUAUCUAGAAUUAUUGAUCUGUUCGAGAGAGUAUGUUGGUAGAAAUUUCUGUAUUAUAAAAUCAUAAAAUACAUAAUAUUCUUGUUAAAGUUAUGUAAAGUUAUGUUUAUCAAUAUAAUAAUACUCCAAUGAUAUUGUAUAACUCCAUUGCGGGACUGUAAUUAUUAAUUGGUGUGUCAUUAUGUGAUUUAUAAAAGCAAUGAUUCGUUAAUUUUCAAUCAGGAAAGUUGUUGAAAUGCGAUAUUUUACCUACUACAGUAACUUUGCCAGCGAUUGAUGUCACGGUAUAUUGCACGUUCUCAAUUUUCAUGAAAUGCUUUCUGGCUUCAGCCAACAAAAUCAACAAAUGUUUAGCGUCCAAUACCUGCAGAAAGGGGAUUAAUUACGAUGUUACAUAAUAGUUAAAAAAGAUUAUUGCUUUAUUGGCAUAAUUGAUUGAUUUUUAUAAUAAUUUUCAAUUAUAUCUUAGUAGCGUUUCCUUUUACGGUUUUAAAC